AUUCGCUCGUCGCACUUCGGCAGUUGUCGGCAAAUCGGCUCGCCGUACGGGUGUGUCUUAGCACUCGUGUCGAUAUUACAGCUAAAUGUCAAAUUAAACGCUUUCGGCAAAAAAAAUGUGACAUGUGCACCAAGUGACGUAAACAAAUACUGUUACCUUAGCCACAUUCGGUUUGUUGGUUGUAAUUUCGUGGUUUUACUCUGUUUGUAAUUCUAAACAUUGUUAGUUCGGUUGGCUUGGUGACAUUCCAGGUUAUUCGAGACGGAUAUAAAUGGGAUUUGUUAGUAAACGUCAGAUUCGUAUGGUGUUGUGUUUUAGUAUGAACGUUAGGGGGUUUUGAUUCAUGAUGGAUCGCGUUAGUGGCGUCUGCAGGUUCGGAGGUGUGGUGUCAGCGGUGAGGAGUAGAACUGGUCGCAGUAAACGGAGAAUAACUGGACCGACACAGCCUCCCGAAGAAAUGCCUGAGACGCCGCGAAGGGGUCUCGGGGCGGUAUUAGUUUUAGCUUGCGUUCUAGUUUAUCACAAUUGCCUUUAUUGUGGGUUCGUUUUUGAUGAUAUCAGUGCCAUAAAAGAAAACAGAGACCUGAGACCGCAGACACCGAUAUCAAAUAUAUUUCUUAACGACUUCUGGGGAACUCCAAUACAUAAGGAACAGUCCCAUAAGUCCUACCGUCCGCUGACUGUGCUCACGUUCCGAUGGAACUACGCUAUCCACGGACUACAGCCAGCUGGCUACCACCUCGUAAAUCUACUCUUACACGCACUUGUCUCCUUAUUAUAUUACAGAGUGUGCGCGAUGUUUCUUCCGGAGUUCGCUAGUUUUGUGGCGGCCAUUUUGUUCGUUGUUCACCCAAUACACAGCGAAGCGGUGACGGGCGUGGUUGGUAGAGCAGAGAUGUUGUCUUCUGUCUUCUUCCUCGGCGCUCUUCUGUGCUAUGCUCGAGCAGCCAGCAGAAGAAGAUACACAGAUUGGCGCUACGUCGUAGCAUGCACUGCCUGUGUUGGUGUUGCCAUGCUGUGUAAAGAACAAGGCAUCACGGUCACCGCCGUCUGCGUGGUCUACGAAUUAUUCGUAGCGCAAAAGCGACGUGGCAGCCCUGGUCGUUCUUGGCUGGAGUAUUGGGGUAAGGGAGGGUGGGGAUGUGCCUGUGGGGAAGCAGCCCGCAGGGUUGCCACCGUCUGCUGUGCUACAUUGGCGCUUCUGGCUGCCAGACUACACGUUAUGGGAGCACAGCUGCCAGUUUUCACACGAUUCGACAACCCUGCUGGAGCCUCGCCCCCACCUGCGAGACAUCUAACCUUCGCCUAUCUUCCCGCGUUGAACGCCUGGCUGCUGACUCUGCCGGAGGCGUUGUGCUGUGACUGGACCAUGGGUACUGUGGCUUUGUUACGAUCGUGGAGCGACCCACGGAAUAUGGCCACGGCGGGUCUCGCAGUCAUGCUUGUCGCUGGUACCAUACAUGCCUUGAGGACCAGAUCUUCGGCAUUAUCGAUGGGUCUUGCGCUACUUGUUUUGCCGUUUCUCCCCGCAUCAAACCUCUUCUUCCCCGUGGGUUUCGUUGUGGCUGAGCGUGUUUUAUACAUGCCGUCUAUGGGCUGGUGUCUGUUAGUGGCGCACGGUUGGAGGCUUGUGGCCAGGAAACGAGCGAAACUGGCCGCAGCGGCACUCGUGUUCCUCCUGCUGGCUUUUAGUGCCAAAACAUACGUCAGAAACUGGGAUUGGAAGACUGAAUAUACAAUAUUUGCAUCGGGACUGAAGGUGAAUCGUAAUAACGCCAAGCUAUACAACAACGUGGGUCACGCUUUAGAAGCUGAAGGGAAAUACGGAGAAGCUUUGGAAUUCUUCAAAAUUGCUGUGAACGUCCAACCAGACGACGUUGGAGCCCAUAUCAACGUUGGAAGAACUUUCAAUCAUUUAGGCAAAUAUCAGGAGGCAGAAGCCGCUUACGUGAAAGCCAAAUCUCUCCUACCGAAAGCCAAACCCGGGGAAUCUUACCAAGCUAGAAUAGCCCCCAAUCACUUGAACGUCUUCCUUAAUUUGGCUAAUUUGAUAUCCAAAAACGCGACACGAUUAGAAGAGGCUGACAUGUUGUAUCGGCAAGCGAUCAGUAUGAGAGCUGAUUACACACAGGCCUAUAUAAACAGGGGUGAUAUUUUAAUUAAAUUAAACAGGACCAAGGAGGCCCAGGAGGUCUACGAACGGGCGCUGUUGUAUGACAGUGGGAACCCUGACAUUUAUUACAAUCUGGGGGUAGUGCUACUUGAACAAGGCAAGGCGUCCCAGGCGCUGGCGUAUUUGGACAAAGCUCUGGAACUCGAACCGGAACAUGAACAGGCAUUACUGAACUCUGCCAUACUUCUGCAAGAGCUGGGAGCAGCAGACUUGAGACACCUUGCCAGACAAAGAUUACUCAAAUUGUUGGACAAAGAUGCCACUAACGAGCGCGUCCACUUUAACCUCGGCAUGGUGUGUAUGGAUGAGGGAGACGCGGAGUGCGCUGAACGCUGGUUCAGGGCCGCGGUUCAUCUUAAACCGGACUUCCGCUCCGCUCUCUUCAACCUGGCUUUACUACUAGCUGACAGACGAAGACCCCUGGAGGCCGCGCCUUUCCUCAAACAAUUGGUCAGACAUCACCCCGAUCAUGUGAAAGCCCUAGUUCUGUUGGGAGACAUUUACAUCAAUUCGGUCAAGGAUUUGGAUGCCGCUGAAAGUUGCUAUCGACGCAUCCUCGAACUGGAACCAGACAACGUGCAAGCUCUCCACAAUUUAUGCGUUGUUGCUGUAGAAAGAGGGAAGUUAGCCGUUGCUGAAGAGUGUCUUACAAGAGCCGCGGUUUUAGCGCCACACGAACAUUACAUACAGCGCCAUCUAGCGGUAGUACGCGCGAGACUGGCAGCUGUCUCGCUCACACACCCCAACACCCGGCCAUCCGACGCAUCCGACGCACAAGUGCGAGCGAGAUGGAACUACAUCCCCCAACAACCCCCCGACCCACACGAGUCGGAUCCCUCAUAGCGAACUUGUGCGAAAUGUAAAUAGGUCUAACACCAUUUUAAUAUGAUUUGCUUAUACAAUCAGGGUAUUUGCUUUUUGAUUUGUACUUGUCGGUUUUGCUCUAUAAACAUUUGAUUUUACUAUUCAAAUCGAAGCGAUCGGUUUUAUUUGAUCUCGUAGACGGUAAUUUGCUUGACAUUCGGUGAUAUUUUAUAUUUAAUCUUUAUGUAAUAUUUGUGUAGGACAAUCAUGAUGGAACGAGCUUUCCUCAUUAGCCUGGUAUACGGAUAAUUUGUGUAUAUUUAAAAUGAAAAUAGAAUACUAGAAAAGACUUAACUGUUUAAUGAGUGUGUCGUCAUAAGACAGUACUUUGAAACCAGUCGAAUUUUUAUUAUAGUCUAUUAUUUCAGUACGUAAAUUAUGCUGUUAUAGGUAAUGUUUAAAUACUCCCGAGCUUUUUUAGGCGUUGGGAAAUAGCGUUAGAGAAGAGCCCCGCAUUUAUAUGGCAACCCCGUACAUAAAUAAUAAUAAUAUUAUUUAGAUACAUUUUAGCAUUCGUUUUGCAGAAAUUAGUUUUUUAUUGUACCAUUUGAUACACUGCAAUUGUAACGUUGGACUAGGAUCUAAGAUAUCUUAAAACACGCUGUUCUACAAGUUUCCAUUUCGAAAGGCAAAGAGCGAUCAAUACUAUGCCCCAUAAGUAAUUUUCAAAUGCGUGCGCAUAACCUAAACAUAUUUUAUUUCUGUUUCUAAUACAAAAAUAUUUAUUAAAUUGAAUAGUAUUUUUGAGAAAACGACGCUUUUGCCCACUAUCGGUGUUGCUUGUUCAAUAAACACGAAAAUUAAUUCAUUGAGAAAAAUAAUGAAUGUAUAAGCUGCGGUUUAUUUUAACCAUUUAUAUCUGUUGUACCAAUUAUGAACUAAAGCUCGUACAGAUUAGGGUAACAAAUAAUAAACUUGAUGUAUGUACUUACUUGAACUGUUAUUUUCAUAAAUGCCAAUGUUAUAUUGUGUAAAAAGUGAUCAAACGUUAUUAGAUAUAAUUAUGUAGAUGUGAAAUGUAACGUUGUUAAUGUUUUAAGAAAGUAACUUUUGUAAAAACUCAAUUUUUUACAAUGUCUUGAAACAUUUCUGGUGGGAAGCCCCUGAAUGGAUGAAUUGUAAGGACCCCAUAUUAUAAACUAUUUGUCGUCAAAACAUUUAUUUUUAUAAAAUAAAUGAUGUUUCAAAA